GGAAAGCAGCAUCUCUUGUCCGCUCCAAUGAAGUCCUCCUGAACGCCCAUUGUCGGUUUCUACUUUUGAAGUGAAUGCGUGUGCUCCUCGCGCCUCGACCUGCGGGGGGUGAGAUGCUUAAAUCAGAUUAUUGCACAGUGUGAGAGUGUGCAAAAGGGGGAUGGGGUGAAGGAGUGGAGAGAGGGUUGAGGGGGGUAGGUAGUAGGUGCGCCGUGCCUCGGUCUGACAGAGAUGCUCACAGAAAUCUAGCAAUACAGCGAGAGCGUAAGUAAGGCUUGAGUUUAGGAAAUACCCAGAACACGAUAAGGUUUCUGUAGUUUAUUCGUGGAUUUGGGGACGAUCGAUACAACGUGGACUUGGACUGCGGUUUCUGAAGAGUGUUGCAACACUCGAAUUCCGAACAUCGCUGAUGGAAUCAUUUGCAUCUGCCGACCAGUGUUUGGAAGUUGCGAGAAGAUCUGAACACAGUUGCGAGGAGAAAUUCCACCGCUCGUUUCGGGGCACCGGACGCACAUUUUAGUUUAGAACCUGUUGCUUUUGCGUGCACACAAGAUAAUCAUUUACGCGCCGUGCAUGAUCUGCUCGGUUCUGGGCUGUAGACACGGUAAAGUUAAAUUGAUCAAAUAGUGCACGUAAACCCUGCUCGGGGCAAAUUGUCAACUACCCUCACGUGUCAUGUGAAGCAAAUAUGAGGGAGAUAGAAAGUGUCAGAAUCAAGACCACGGCAUGAUGACAUAACUACAUAAUAACUUAAACGAUUCUUCUAACACGUGAAACAACAACACUCAACCUCUGAAUGCAAUAUUACCCAAACAUGAGUUCGUCCGGCGGCGGAAAGGCGUGUUUUAGUUAUUAUUCCCAAGGAGGUGAAAUUCGGAAAAUAAUUUCGGCUAUUUCCCUUGGAGGAAUUCUCGUUGGGUAGCUUUAUUGCAACACGUGAAAAUAGCGUGCACGUUUGGAGUUACGAUGCUGGUCUCUUGGUUUGCAUUUAUUCACGCAUUCCUAACACUGCUGGUGAAAGGAGCCGACCAGUGGAACCUCCGGGACUCUUCUAACUGCGAGCUAAAUAGGAAACAAAGCGAUCUGAACUCCUUCCUUUGGACCAUCAAACGCGUCCCUCCGUCCUACUUCUACGGCACCAUACAUGUCCCUUACACCCGAGUCUGGGACUUCAUUCCGGAGAACUCCAAGAAGGCCUUUCAGGAGAGCAACAUCGUCUACUUUGAGCUGGACCUGACUGACCCCUACACCAUCUCAGCCCUCACCAGCUGCCAGCUGCUUCCACAGGGGGAGAACCUGCAGGAUGUGCUACCCAGGGACAUCUACCGGCGCCUCAAGAGGCACUUGGAGUAUGUUAAACUCAUGAUGCCAUCUUGGAUGACCCCGGACCAGAGGGGCAAAGGGCUCUACGCUGACUAUCUGUUCAACGCGAUUGCUGGCAACUGGGAGAGGAAGAGGCCGGUGUGGGUGAUGUUGAUGGUGAACUCUCUGACGGAGGCGGACAUCAAGACGAGGGGGGUGCCUGUGCUGGACCUGUACCUGGCCCAGGAGGCAGAGAGGAUGAGGAAGAGGACAGGAGCUGUGGAGAAGGUGGAGGAGCAGUGUCACCCGCUGAAUGGACUCAACUUCUCCCAGGUGGUCUUUGCCCUGAACCAGACUCUUCUACAACAGGAGAGUCUAAGAGCCGGGAGUCUCCAGGUCCCCUAUACGACUGAGGAUCUCAUCAAGCACUACAACUGUGGAGACCUGAACUCCAUCAUCUUCAACCACGACACCUCACAGGUCCCCAACUUCAACAACGUGACGCUGCCCCCCAGCGAGCAGGUUACGGCCCAGGAGAUAGACAGCUACUUCAGACAGGAGCUCAUCUACAAGAGGAACGAAAGGAUGGGAAAAAGAGUCAAAGCUCUGAUGGAGGAACACCCAGACAAGAGCUUCUUCUUCGCCUUUGGAGCAGGUCACUUCCUUGGCAACAACACAGUGAUUGAUGUGCUGAGGAGUCAGGGUUAUGAAGUGGACCACACCCCCGCGGGACAGCCCAUUAACAGCAUCAGAAAAUCUUCCCCAGACCAGGAGGGUCAUUCUCUGGGUCAGGACCUGGAGGAUUACCCUCAGCUGGAGCCUUUCCUCCACGAGCUCCAUGACGAGGAGCAACAGCGCCCCCUGGAGGACAGUCCCCUGCCCCAUCACUUCCACAGCCUGGAGCAGAUGGACAGGGUGGACCGCAAGUUGAAGAAGAAACGACGCAACAAACUGAAGAAACACCAGCGACACAGGCAGUUCAAUGACCUCUGGGUCCGCAUCGAGGAAAGCACCACAGUCGAGGUCCCUGCACCCCCAUUGGUCCGCAUCCUCAGCGGAUACAUCACCGAAUCGCCACACCACCACCAUCACCAGAGAGGCCACGCCCACGGGCAUGGCAGAGCUAAUCACGGCAGGUCGUCAUCAGGCUCCACAAACGUGCCAGUGUCUGUCUUCUUGUUAAUAGUUUUGGGUCACGUGUGGACUGCCGCACUAAUGUAGGAGGUUGUCGGUUCCAAACCCUUCUCUCCUGCUCAUAAAUUAGGACUCAAUCUAUUUCAACAAAAUGGAGCAAAUCCUAAAGGGCUCUGUUCAAUUUGUAUCACUGAAGCGUUACAAAUUUCGUUAUAGAAAUGUAAGUAACUUCCAACUGUGCGAACCUAUGCAGUGUUUGCCAUGUAACGCUAACGCGGGAACAUUGACUUUACAUUUAAAUCACGGUGUAACGCUGAACUUCUUCACUAGAUGUUAAAAGGAAGAGUCUUAGAAUUUGCACGCAGUCGCGCAUUGUUAAAAACGUGACGUCUGUGGAUUUCACCCAAAUCAGCCUGAGCUGGAUAUUUGAGCUUUUUAUUGUAUUUAAUUGUAUUUGUAAUAUUUUUGUUAGAACCCAAACAGCUCUUACUCAGUCAAGAUCUUUUAUUCCUAAUUUACUCUUCAGUUUUUGAAGAAUGUGUUUUGUAUCGCAUAAUACUGUGGGAAUUGUAUAUAUCUACAUAUUAGAUUGUAUUUUAGAAAUGACAAUGAUUGAAUUGUUUCUUGUUGUUUAUAAAUAGAUACAGUAUAUUUGUUAGAUUGAAGCAGGUGCUAACCACCGUAACACGUAUCUGGUAGCCUGGAUUCCAAAUUGUUUGUGCUGCCUUACAAACUGUUAUGGUCAUUGUGGCAUGACAGCACAAUCAGAUCUGGAACCAGGCAAUGCAUUGUUAAACCAGUGUAAUCAGCAGAUUCCUGUGUGUCUUUGCUGAGAAACAUAUGUAUUUACAUAGAGACUAUUUGUUUAAUUUAUUUAACUAUAUAGUUGUAGGUCAUCUAAACACUUCUUUGUGACUGUUGUUCAUCCCAGUGUGUUUAAGUUCUCUUCCAACUCCACACCUUUCAGACCAGGAACUGCGUUGCAGAUUCAUCUUGUUUCGUCUUCAUCUGUCUCACUCACAUUUCAGCUACGUGGCAUGAGAUGGUUGUAAUACUCCUUGCUAUAAUUUUGAAAACAAUA